UCCGAACUGAGACGCUCAACAAUGGAGCUGCCGACCUCUGUGGAAAAAUGGACCAAGGAAGACGUCCGCCUGUGGCUGAUGACAGUGGUCAAAGUUCAUGAUACUUAUGCCAACUUUUUCUUUGAAGAGGAAGUGUCUGGAGACAUGUUAGUUUGCUUUGAAAAAAAAGACAUAUUGGACUUGGGAAUACAUCAUGGUCCAGCUGUAAAAAUCACAUCUUAUCUAGAAAGUUUGAAAGAAGGAUCGGAAUAUGAAUCACAGUUCCCAGCAUAUGUGAAAAACUGGACAAAAGAACAAGUGAACCAGUGGUUACAGCAGCAUCUUGGGGUGUAUAGCAAAUAUGCAGAACGACUCCAAGAGGAAGAUGUGUCUGGAGAUUGCCUUGUUUGCUUCAAAAAGCAGGAUCUUUUGGAUCUGGCUUUGAAAAAUGGUCCUGCUGUGAAGAUUCUGGCAAAACUUCGUCAGCUGAACAUGAAACCAGAGCCAACACUGCAACCAGUCCUUCACAACAGCACAGACCCAAGAGAAUCUCCAAAACCCACUCAACCUGAACUCGUUCUGUCUCAGGACAUAGCAAUCAAACAACCAGAUUCAUGUAAUGAAAUUGAAUCAAAAACUGACAAAAUAUUAGUAAAGGAAUCUGAAAAGGUUCAGCUGCCAUUCCAAAAGGUUUCAGAGAAAGAGGGAAUCCAUCAGCCGCAAGACUUGGGGGCCAGGAGAAAAGGAGCUAUAAUGACCACAGUCCCACCAAAGAGCACUGUGGAGAUCCAGAAAAUUCUGGACGACCUUUUAAAAGAUGACUUCAAAAUGUUUAAGUUCUGCUUAAAAGUAUACACUCAAUCCAAGCAUAACCCUAUUCCUCAAGGUAAAUUGCAGCACAGCGACACCAUGGACACCGCUACAUUAAUGACGAACAACUAUGGAUGCAAGGAGGCUUUACAGGUCACAAAAGCAGUUCUAAAAGAAAUCAACCAGCAAGAACUCGCUCGUCAGAUGGAAAAGAACAUGUGUCCACUGGAACAGCAGAGUCUUCCAAAAGACGUUUUGAACAAAGAGGCUAACCAGGGUGACAAACUUCAGAAUUUGUUAACUUGUGGUGGGAACUCACUGGACAAAGAUGACCAUUUCAUUGUUGUUGUCAACAAGAGCAGUCCAGAACAAGUGCAGUAUCUGCAGUUUUUGGGUAAGCUGAAACCAUUUUGUGUGUUGGACUUUGACCCCAACUCUGUUGCUCCAGGUGGACUGUGUCAUUCCUACAGAGAGUCAAGGGUGGCCAAUCUGCAUACACCAUCACAGUAUCAAGGACCGACUGAAUCCGUGAUAAAGACCCUUAACCUCUACAAGCAGACAAGCUGGGUCUUCUGCAAUGGCAGACAUGACCUUGACGGUGACUUAAACAAGGAGUUAGACUAUAAGAACUGGCUGAGGAAAUCUUGCAAAGAUGUAGAGCAAUUGAUUUCAUUCAUUUGCAACCCUGAUGUUCUUCCACGUGGAGGAAGUCUCGUAAUUUUCCUCUUACUGUCACCUGUGGACACCGAGAAAGACCCAAUGUUUGACAUAUACAAAUCUUUCAUCAAACAAACAAAAGAGGAAAGCACCAUCACUAUUUGUGAAUCUCAGGGCAUGUAUGAGAAAUGGCGGGAUCUUGUACAAGAAAAGUGUGACUCUGACAUUGAUUCUCGAUCGAUAUAUGAGCUGACCUCAGUGAGGUCAAUGGCACUAUAAUGGCACUGGGACCAUUCAACCAGUCAUCUGAAAGAUUGCUUCCCUCUUCUGGUUCUAGCUGUGUUGUUCUAAAGCAGAGGG